AUGGACGAACUCAUUCAGUUGACUAACAAGCUGCAAACCGUGUUGGCGUCCAUCAGCUCUUAUGAAAGCCUCGACCUUCCUCAAAUUGUAGUGGUGGGCUCACAAUCCUCUGGCAAAUCCUCUGUAUUGGAGACCAUUGUUCAACGCGACUUUUUACCUCGUGGCAGCGGCAUUGUUACCCGAAGACCUUUGAUUCUGCAGCUCAUUACACAACGUCAACCAGACGCUCUUGAAUAUGGCGAGUUUAUGCAUGCCAGAGACAAAAAGUUCUACGAUUUUGACGAGAUUCGCCAAGAGAUUGAACGUGAAACGGCUCGCUUGGCUGGUAGCAACAAGGGCAUCUCUCGUACACCUAUCCAGUUACGCAUCUAUUCACCCAAAGUGCUCACACUCACACUCGUUGAUUUGCCUGGUUUGACCAAGAUUCCUAUCGGUGAUCAACCACAGGAUAUCGAGAAGCAAAUCCGAAGCCUUAUCAUGGACUUUGUAUCCAAUCCAAACAGUAUCAUUUUGGCUGUGUCACCGGCGAAUAUGGAUGUUGCCAAUUCGGACAGUCUCAAGUUGGCGCGCCAAGUCGAUCCUGAAGGCAAACGUACGAUUGGUGUUUUGACCAAAUUGGAUUUGAUGGAUGCGGGCACAAACGCUUUGGAUGUGUUGAUGGGCCGAUCAUACCCUCUCAAGCUUGGAUUUGUUGGUGUUGUCAACCGUAGCCAACAAGACAUCUUGACCAACAAGCCCAUGUCGGAUGCAUUGCAAGCUGAAACAGAGUUCUUCCGGCAACAUCCUGCUUAUCGCAACAUUUCAAAUCGAUGCGGCACCAAGUUUUUAAGCAAGCAACUCAACCAUAUCUUGUAUACUCGUAUCAAGGAGAAAUUGCCAGAGUUACGGACCAAGUUGAGCUCGCUCGUCAGCCAAACACAACAAGAAUUGAAUCAAUACGGCGAUCCAGCCUUUACUACUGGGGCAGUGCAUCGGGGCUCGUUGAUCUUGAAGUUGUUGACCAAAUUUGCCAAUGACUUUGUCGCUGCCAUCGAUGGUACCUCUUCAGAGAUGUCUACCAAGGAGCUAUGUGGAGGUGCUCGUAUCUAUUUCAUCUUCAACAAUGUGUUUGGCAGCGCUUUGGAUGCGAUUGAACCAUGUGCCAACCUUACCAACAAUGAUAUCCGCACAGCCAUCCGAAACUCGACAGGUCCUCGGCCAUCGUUAUUUGUACCUGAGCUUGCUUUUGACCUGCUGGUCAGACCCCAAAUCAAGCUUCUCGAGACUCCUAGUUUGCGAUGCGUUGAACUCGUGUACGAGGAGCUUAUGAAAAUAUGCCAUAGUUCAGAUAACAAGGAAUUAAUGAGAUACCCACGACUGCAUACGAAGCUUGUUGAAGUUGUAUCGGAGCUUUUGCGAGAACGAUUGAGUCCUACAUCCAACUAUGUCGAGAGCUUGAUUUCCAUUGAACGCGCUUAUAUCAAUACAAACCAUCCCGAUUUCUUGGGUGCAGCUGGUGCAAUGGCGAAUCUUGAAAACGAAUCAAAAAAGAAAAAGAAGAUGGAACGACGAAAGCACGUGCGAACAGCUUCACCAGCAUCCAGUGUUAUCAGCGCCGGAAGCCGUGCAGAUGAAGAAGGACACCCCAUGCCAAAUGGUAUUCAUGCACCCAAGGAAAAUGGUAUCGGGGCACACCCCGAUGGCAAAGAAUCAUUCCUUACCUACUUUUUCGGUGGCGCCAAUAAGAAUGAACGGCCGGCCCUUGGUCCUCAAGACAUGGUCAGCAACCCCAGCUUUUCUUCACCCAUGUCGGUCACCAGCAUGAUGGAAAGCGAACUUGAACGCAAAUUUGAGCAACAAGCAUCACUCAAUGUACCUUCGGAAGAACAGCUACAAGCUUCGGAUAGAGAGGAGAUUGAGAUUCAAUUAAUCCGUACCUUGAUUACCAGUUACUUCAAUAUCGUAAGGAAAAACAUCCAGGAUCUCGUUCCCAAGGCCAUCAUGCAUCUCCUUGUCAAUCAUUCACGUGAAUCGGUGCAGAAUCGUCUUGUCGCAUCCUUGUAUAAAGAAGACAUCUUCAAUGACAUGUUGCAAGAGGAUGAAAAUGUGGCAGCUGAGCGAGAAAAGUGCAAGACCAUGUUGGAUGUAUACAAGCAGGCCUUUGAAAUUGUCAACAAUGCCCUGUAA